UCUCGCGCUUGCGCUCUCGGACUAGUCUGCUCCGGAACCCUCGUUCUCCUUCGCUAGAGUUGGUGCCGGGACCUCUUGCGACCCUCGUCUCGUGUUAUGAUGCUGCCCUUCCCUUUUCUUUGGGCGACUAGGGCUCUGCAGGAAGACUGCGUUCCUGUGGGUGGGGACUGCCCCUGAGUUCCAGAGACAUAGGCUUCUAGAGGACGAACUUUGCCCUGAGGCUUUGCAGAGUGGCUCCUGAGCAGAGGUGGAGGGAGAUUCUGAGAUGAAGUGAAUGGACCGAAUCAGAACCACACUUUGGACAUUGAUCUCUACCUUGGCUCUGGAACUGGCUUUUGAGAAGGUGGAGGUGGUGGCAGUGGUGAGAGCUGGAACAGACAGACAGUUGGCUGCUGGCCUCUGUGGAGAUGUGGUCAGCUGGUCAAGAUGGCCAUAAGGAGCCAGCACAGCGAGGCGGCCCAGACCCAGACUGGAGAAGCAACCAAGGGCUGGUCAGGCCAGGAGAGUCUAUCAGACAGUGACCCUGAGAUGUGGGAGCUGCUGCGGAGAGAGAAGGACAGGCAGUGUCGUGGCCUGGAGCUCAUUGCCUCAGAGAACUUCUGCAGCCGAGCUGCGCUGGAGGCCCUGGGGUCCUGUCUGAACAACAAGUACUCGGAGGGUUAUCCUGGCAAGAGAUACUAUGGAGGAGCCGAGGUAGUGGAUGAAAUCGAGCUGCUGUGCCAGCGCCGGGCCUUGGAGGCCUUUGACCUGGAUCCUGCUCAGUGGGGAGUCAAUGUGCAGCCCUACUCGGGGUCCCCAGCCAAUCUGGCUGCCUACACAGCCCUUCUGCAGCCUCACGACCGAAUCAUGGGGCUGGACCUGCCCGAUGGGGGCCAUCUCACCCAUGGCUAUAUGACCGAUGUCAAGCGGAUCUCAGCCACAUCCAUCUUCUUUGAGUCUAUGCCCUAUAAGCUGAAUCCCAAAACUGGCCUCAUUGACUAUGACCAGCUGGCACUCACUGCUCGGCUUUUCCGGCCGCGACUCAUCAUAGCUGGGACGAGUGCCUAUGCGCGCCUCAUCGACUAUGCCCGCAUGAGAGAGGUGUGUGAUGAGGUCAAGGCACACCUGCUGGCAGACAUGGCCCACAUUAGUGGCCUCGUGGCUGCCAAGGUGAUCCCCUCACCUUUUGAGCAUGCGGAUGUUGUCACCACCACCACUCACAAGACCCUUCGAGGGGCCAGGUCAGGACUCAUCUUCUACCGGAAGGGUGUGCGGGCUGUGGACCCCAAGACUGGCCGAGAGAUCCCUUACACGUUUGAGGACCGAAUCAACUUUGCUGUGUUCCCAUCCCUGCAGGGGGGCCCCCACAACCAUGCCAUCGCUGCAGUGGCUGUGGCCUUAAAGCAGGCCUGCACCCCCAUGUUCCGGGAGUACUCCCUGCAGGUUCUGAAGAACGCUCGGGCCAUGGCUGAUGCCCUGCUAGAGCGAGGCUACUCGCUGGUGUCUGGCGGCACUGACAACCACUUAGUGCUGGUAGACCUGCGGCCCAAGGGCCUGGACGGAGCUCGAGUUGAGCGGGUGCUAGAACUUGUGUCCAUCACGGCCAACAAGAACACCUGUCCUGGAGAUCGAAGUGCCAUCACUCCUGGGGGCCUGCGGCUGGGGACCCCAGCCUUGACGUCACGCCAGUUCCGUGAGGAUGACUUCCGAAAAGUUGUGGCCUUUAUAGACGAAGGCGUCAGCAUCGGCUUGGAGGUGAAGAGCAAGACCACUAAACUCCAGGAUUUCAAAUCCUUCCUGCUCAAAGACUCAGAAACAUGCCGUCGGCUGGCUGACCUCAGGCAACGGGUGGAGCAGUUUGCCAGGGCCUUCCCCAUGCCUGGCUUUGAGGAACACUGAAGGCACCUGAGAAAUGAGCCCCACAGAGUGACAUUCAUUCCUCCUCCCCCUACCUGGAUAAGGGUGGGGGUUUUACUGCUUAUCUUCCAAUUUUUUGCUGGAGGAGGGGAAGGCCUCCUACCUCGGGAAAGGGCCAAGUGUAGUUCUCUGUCCCAGAAUCUGUAGCUGAGAAGCUUUCUUCUUGUAACAAGACUUAGAAGGAAAAGGCUGGGAAGCUUUCUGCCCUAACCUCUCCCACUAUUUCAGUGUUACAGACUCCCUGCCCUUUCUUGGGGAGGGGGGAGUCCCCCUUCGUGAGCCAGAGGAAGGGGUGGGUAUACCACCUCCUUUCUGUUUUUAUCUAAUAAAAUGUUAACCUAC